AUGUCAUUCAAAGAGAAUCCCUGUCGGAAAUUCCAAGCCAACAUUUUCAACAAGAACAAAUGUCAGAAUUGUUUUAAACCUCGAGAAUCCCACCUGCUCAACGACGAAGACCUCGGUCAGGCAAAAGCUAUAUAUGGAGGGUGGUUGCUCCUUGCGCCGGAGGGGACCAAUUUUGACAAUCCUUUACACAGAUCUCGGAAAUGGCAAAGGAGGUUUUUCAUCCUUUACGAACAUGGCUUACUUCGCUAUGCUUUGGAUGAAAUGCCCAGUACUCUUCCCCAGGGUACAAUCAAUAUGAACCUGUGUGCCGAUGUCAUUGAUGGAGAGUCCAGGACGGGUCAGAAGAACUCCUUGUGCAUCCUCACUUCUGAAAAUGAGCACUUCAUUCGGGCUGAGUGCAAAGAAAUUAUUAACGGAUGGCAUGAAGCUCUGAGCGUGUACCCCAGAACAAACAAGCAGAAUCAGAAGAAGAAGCGCAAAGUCGAUCCAACAACUCAGCAGGAACCAGGCCCUGCCAAGGUGACAGUGACGAGCAACAGCAGCAGCAGUGGAGGCAGCAACCCGUGUCUGCCCAGCAGCAUCGCAAAUGCAGAGUGUGUCCCGAUGAGCCGUACCACUCUGUGGCAGGAGGAAAACCGCUGGAGUCGGGCUGCCAUCCCUUGUAGUCGUAGUGCUUCUUGUCUCAGCCAACUGGGCCAGAGCCAACCGGACUCCACUGUCACGACUCAAGAUGACGGUGGCACUAUGGGCACAGGACGCAAAGUACGAGUGGAGAGUGGUUACUUUUCCCUGGAGAAGACAAAGUCUGAUCCCUCUCCAAAACCCACUCAGCAUUCCCAACCAGUGCAGCAGCCCCAGCAUCUACCCCUGUCCUCGUCGACAUCUUCCUGUUCUUUAGGAGCAUCCAGUCCCAGCUACUCCACCAUCAGCUCCUCCCAGAGUUCACUGGACUCUGAACCCAGCAGUAGCGCUACUCCCAACUGGGAGGGCAACAGCGUUAGUGGAGGGAGCACUAGUGUGAAUAGUGCAAGUCGUUCAGGCAGGCAGUAUGCGGCACUUUCGGACGUGCCGCGAGCACGCAGGAUGACCUACCGCGAAGCCUUUCAUUCUAAGAAAAAGCGACAAGAACUCAGAGAACGCACUCGGAGCCCUGGACGGGAAGAGGUGGCACGGCUGUUUGGAGAGGAGCGCAGGCGUUCGCAAGUCAUAGGCCGGUUUGAAGAGAGUCCAAAUGUGGAGCGCAUGGACACGAGUACCUCCGGCGAGCCGUCAUCAAAGGUCAACAAUGUGCAGCGACAAGGUCGCAGUGAGAAACGCUAUCUGGCUGACAAACAUGACAUGUCGUCAUUGGAUGCUGGAAAGGAACACUCGGAUCCAAAUGGGUGCAGCUCAACUUUUGCAAACUUAAGACGAGCCAAAUCACUUGACCGUAGAGUCACCGAGUCUGCGAUGGCUCCGGAUCUGCUGAACUUCAAGAAAGGAUGGAUGACCAAGUUGUAUGAUGACGGAAUGUGGAAGAAACACUGGUUUGUUCUCACAGAUCAGAGUCUACGCUACUACAAGGACUCAAUAGCUGAAGAGGCGGCUGAACUGGAUGGUGAGAUUGAUCUUUCCACAUGUUAUGACGUCAAAGAGUUCCCAGUCCAGAGGAAUUAUGGCUUCCAAAUCCUGUGUAAAGAGGGCGUGUGCACCCUGUCAGCCAUGACCUCUGGUAUCCGCCGCAACUGGAUCCAGGCCAUCAUGAAGAAUGCACGGCCCACCAUCGCCCCUGAUGUCACCCGAUCUGUCGCAGAGGAGAAGAUAACAACGCAGGUCCUGCAGGUCAAGCCUGAGCCAAGCACCUCUUCUGAGCCCCCUAAUUCGGAUGGCCACAAGCAUCCGAACAGUAACGGGGCGUCCUUCCCUUUAUCAGAACCCCGUAAAAGCAGAGUUCGCGAGCGCAGACGGGAGGGCCGCUCAAAGACAUUUGACUGGUCAGAGUUCAAAAUUGAAAAAACGAACAAGCCGGUGAAGGAGCAAACAGACUCUGUCAACCUCAGCUCCUCGUCACUUUCCACCACCGCAUCCUGCUGCUCUGUUACCUCCUCUCCUUCCUCGUCGUCCUCUCCGGUCUCUACCUCGGCCCUGCAAACUCCCAUCGUGUCAGAACCCCACCCUGCCUCGACAGUAGAUGAUAACAUUAGGGGGAGCACCCUGAGCCAUUUGCCAAAUACCACUCUUGUCACUUCCACUUUGAACACGAUAUCUCCCGUGCAGCCAUCCUUACGAGAACGUCAAGAGCAAGGAAGGAUGGAAGUAGAUCACCCGUCAGCCUCGAACAAUGUCGAGGAAGAAAAGUUCACCUUAACGUCAGGCGUGAAGGAGGAGAUUGAACAAAGGUGGCAUCAGGUGGAAACGAUACCACUUAGGGAAGAGAAGCAAGUGCCCAUCAACUCUGCUGCAGAGAGCUCCAACACUGAAAAAUUGCCUGCAAAUGAGCUCGCGGCAAUGCUAGACAAAGAGGUAGGAGUUAAGCUAAAAGAGCUGGAUCAACUUCAGAGACAGAACAGCAUGUUAAAGGAGCAGCUGGAAGAAGCACUAGGAAGAGAACAAAGUGCCAGGGAUGGCUAUAUACUUGCAACAAACCCUGCCUCCUCAACGCACGGAGUACCAUGGCAACACCUGCACAAGCUGAACAAAGACUUGCAUUGUGAAUUAGAAUCCCAAAAGCGCAAGCAAGACCUCGCCCAACAGAAGAUUCUAACACUAAAAAGAAGCUACGCUGAAGCCCAGAAUGCUGUGGAUCGCCAUGAUGCUGAUAUUCAAGCCCUCCAGUCAAAGCUGGCCUCUGCAUUGGCCGAAAUCUUAGCAAGUGAACAAGCUGUAGCCCGCAUGCGCAAUGAACUGAAACUGGAGCAAGCACGUUCAAAGGAGCAAGAAGAGGAAUACGGACGUAGUGAGGCCACUUUACGAGCCCAGCUUAAGGACAGUGAAACUAGACUCCGUGAGGUUGAGGCUAGCCUUUUAGAAAGAAACCAGGCCCUUAGGCACCUGGAGCACCAACAGGCCCUUCAGCGAGACCAUCUCAGAGAGAUCCAGAGGUUACAGGAAAGACUGAAAGAAGUGACUGCACGACUGGUCGCUACAGAAGAAGGUCAGGCACUGAAGGAGGAGCGCUUGAGAAAAGAGCAGCAUAGCAUUCAAGAGAGUCACGAAAGGGAAAGACAAAAUCUGUGCAGAAGAAUAGCCGAAGCCGAGACUGCAAACAAGGAAAUGGAGGACAGACUCCUAAAGACCCAACAGCAGGUGGAGGCCCUGUUAAGAGGGAAGCAGAACUCAACAGGAAUAGAACAUGGUGAGGAAUUGCUGAACUUGAAAGAGGAUCUUGCACAGAAGACAAACAUGUUGGAGUCACUUCGGGAGAGUGUCCGACUGCUUGAAGAAGAGAGAGGUCUGCUCACAUGCCGUUGUCAGGAACUCCUAAACCAGAUUUCAGAGGCAGACCGAGAGGUCAACAAGCUUCGCAAUCGCCUUGAAACGGAAGAGGCAGAUUAUUCCGCUUUGGAAAACUCUUAUGCAAGGGUAACCCAGGAAUUUGAAAGAACGAGCCAGUUCCUCAGAGAGAAAGAGGAUGAGAUUCGUCAUACUAAGGAAAUGUAUGAAAGAUUGAUGGUACGUAAGGAGGAGGACUUGAAAGAGGCUCUUGUUAAAAUGACUGUACUUGGCAAUAGCUUGGAGGAAACCGAACAGAAGCUACAAGCCAAGGAGGGCUUUUUAUGUCAAAUGAGUCAAAAUCGGUCAUAUCAAGUUGAGCCUGGCAGCGCUGAACAAAAACUAAAAGUCAAGCUUGUGGUGGCAGAGAACCGUAUUGUAGAGCUUGAGCAGCACCUUAAUGCACUGCAGCUGGGAUAUGCCGAUCUGCACUUAAGAAGGAAGCAAGUCAAAGAACAGAACAGGCAAGAGUGUGUUAAACCCUCAGCUACUUUCAUUUCAAACGUGGAGUCCCCACUCUCAUUUAACAAUGAUGAGGACUGCACAGAUGAUAAGGAGUCCCAAGCUAAGAGACCAAGAAUCCGUUUUUCCAAUAUUCAGUGCCAAAAAUAUAUGAACCUGAAUGACCUGGGUGAGUGCCAUACCUUUGAUGAUACAAAACAAGAUGUUGACCAGAAAGACCUUGAUCUAGCUGAAGCACUUUCCCCCCCUGAUUUUGCAUUCCCACAAGCCAGUGACUCUGAGAAGUUUAUCUCCAUUGUACAUUCCCUAGAAACUAAACUGCUUGCUACUGAGGAAAAACUAAAAAAUCUCACUCGGAAUCUACAGGACCAACGUUCCUCACAUGCCGAAGACAUGUCAAAGAAAGAUCUGAAGACAGUCGAAAACAAGCCUUUAGGAUGUGACAGUGAGCCUCCGAUAACUGAUGUAAAUAAUCCUUAUGCCAAGGCCCUCCUUUGUGUAGAAGCAUGUCGAGAGAAAGUCAAGGCCAUUCUGUCUCGCUCUCAAGAUAACACUGAUUCACAGCUUCACUCCUUGUCAGAGGUUGAAAAUGAGCUGUUUAGUGCAUCAGUGUAUCUCCGCCAUGGACAAAAGACCUUGGAGGAACAAUCACCAUAUUGUCCUCAACCUCAAAUGUCAGAAUCUUCAGAUGAAGAAAUGAUUCAUCGCUUUGCCAAAACCCUUUCUUUUGAAGCCCUUGUUUUGAAUAAAAUGGCUUUGCUGAUACAGACUCCAGAGUCUGACCUUAUCCAAACACUUAAUGCAAUAUGGGAAGAUAUAGAAAACAUUAAAAGUGGUAACCAAGAUUGUCUAGCAGUAGUUUAUGCAGAUGUCUUAACCAGAAAGUUAAUGUUAGAGAAUGCAUUCUGGAAAAAACUGGAGAAAGAGACGCCUUGCGACAGUUCAAAUGUUGCUAAAAUGCAAGAGGCCAGUGUUGUAGCUGAUGCAGAAAUAAAUACAUCACCAAUACUUAAUACCUUAAUCAAAGCAGAACUGUCAUACUGUAUUCAAAACCUUAAGCUUGACUAUGAAGAGAAAUUCAGGCAACUGAAAGUGGAGUUGGCUGAAGCGCACCACAAACUUUAUCAAAGGGAAAGGGCCUUGAAGUCAAUUAUUGAAGCAUCCAAGAGAUCUGACUUAAAAAGUGUGAUAAAAGAAGUUAAAAGCAACUUUGGCUACACUAAACAAACUUUAGCUGAUAUCUGCCCGCCUGAACUCGCGCCGUACAAAGAGCAGAUCGAAUUGCAAGAAGCCCAAGAUCUGGCUGAAGAAAUAAUCGAGCGGAAUUUGGCAGAGAAAAUACCGUGUUGUGGCAUUGAUUCUUGUGAUUCUCUUCAAAGUGCUCAAUAUAGCUUGGCUGCUGAGCUUCAACAACAGGCAGCAAAACUCCACAAAUAUGCUCAAGAACUACAGAGCACAGGAAACCAUCCAGAACUAGCUAAAAUGCUCAAAGCACUUUUAGGGCCCCAGACAUCGCAUAUUAUCAUGAGUACAUCUGUUUGUCUGCAGGAAGCGCUCAUUCAGGCUCAGGUAGUUUACGUGGCCUGCAGAUUACGAGCCACGCAUGAAAAAAAUUUGGGUUGGUGUAAGCAGAUGCAGCAGAGUAUGGAUGCUCUCAUGCAGCAGCACACCUCCAGUGUGAGGACGAUCCAAGAGAAGUGCGAAGUCUCCCUUGAGGAAGAGCGUCAAAACUUCAAGCAAACUCUCCAGAAUCUCCAGAAGGAGAACAAAACCCUUAAGAGUGAAAUCAGCCAACGUGCCAAACAACUCUUAAAACAGCAAGAACAAGUCGCUCUCUUGGAGGAAGAUUUCCAGUUGCAAAUUAAGGAGCUGAAGCAGAAGCACCAGCAACAAUUGAUCAAAGCUGAGCUAGACCAUUCAGCAGCAGAACAGACCUUCGCGGAGAAGGCGACGGACACCCAGCAACAGCUGAAGGAUUUGCUGGAAGACGUCGACACCAUGCAAGAGCAACAUGCGAGUCGCGUGAGAAAACUCGAGAAAGAAUGUGAGCAACGAAUCGCUCAACUUCAGAGCAUCUACGAGGACGAGAUUGUCAAAUUGCAUUCCCAACACGAGGAAACCAUUCUGAGUAUCCAGGAGCGACAAGCGUACAAAAGAAACAUAGAGGUGGUCUCGGCACCGUUGGAAGAUCAAGACGGGGCGGGGGUUCCACAGACCUUGUCUGAUGGGGACACUACGAUGCUUCUGAAGGACAGAAUCCAGGAACUGGAGACUCAGAUGAAAAGCAUGAGGGACGAACUGGAGAGCAAGCCCCUAGAAGGAGAUGUGGCCAGCCUGAGGGAAAAAUACCAGAGAGACUUUGAAAGUCUUAAGGCCACAUGCGAGCGUGGCUUUGCAGCAAUGGAAGAAACCCACCACAAGGUUGUUGAAGACCUCCAGAGGCAGCAUCAGAGAGAGAUUUCCAAACUUAUGGAGGAGCGAGAGAGGCUUCUUGCUGAGGAGACUGCUGCUACUAUUGCUGCUAUUGAAGCUAUGAAGAAUGCACACAAGGAGGAAAUGGAGAAGAACCAACGUUCCCAGCUCAGUGGACUGAACUCUGACAUUGAUGAACUUCGAUUACAAUACGAUGAGGAGCUGCAGUCCAUUCAGAGGGAGCUGGAGGUUUUGUCCGAGCAGUAUUCUCAGAAAUGCCUGGAAAACGCCCACCUGGCUCAGGCCCUGGAGGCCGAGAGGCAGGCCCUCAGACAGUGUCAGCGAGAGAACCAGGAGCUCAACACUCACAACCAGGAAUUAAACAACCGUCUGAGUGCAGAGAUCACACGGAUGCGGUCCUGUUUCAGAAAGGAGACUGCGCGAUCGUCUGUUACGCAAGGCAAAGAUGUUUAUGAACUGGAGGUUCUGCUUCGAAUCAAGGAGUCAGAGAUUCAAUAUCUUAAACAGGAAAUCCACUCUUUGAAGGAUGAGUUGCAGUCUGCUCUUAGGGACAAGAAGUAUGCCACGGACAAAUAUAAAGACAUCUACACCGAGCUGAGCAUUGUGAAAGCGAAGGCUGACUGUGAUAUUGGCAAACUGAAGGAAAAGCUGCUCAUCGCUAGUGAAACGUCAGGCGAGAGUUCCGUCGAUGGGACAGUUAAGUCUGGAUAUGACAUCAUGAAAUCCAAAAGUAACCCUGACUUCACAAAAACAGAACAACCAGGAACCUCCAAGCCACCCCGAGGUCUCAGAUCAAAGAGCCUGAAAGAGGGAUUGACCGUGCAAGAGCGCAUGAAGCUGUUUGAGGCAAAAGAUUCCAAAUAG